AUGAAAUAUAGCCGUUGGGAUGAACUUCGUUUGAUUGUGGAAGUAGUUCUUGAAAUUGGUAGCAUUUUCAACUCAAGUGGCAUCGAUGUGUAUUUUCUUAAUCGACCACCAUUAUUUAAUGUUUCUGAUCUCGGACAUAUCGAUCAAGCAUUUGCUUUUGAACCGGAUGGCUAUACACCGCUUGUUUCUGUUCUGAGGACGAUUUUCAAUUCAUAUAAUGAUAAACAAGACAAUAAUAAAAGAGUACUUGUCUUGGUGGCGACAGAUGGAGAACCAAUCAAUAAUGAAGGUGAUAGUGAUGUAGCUGCUCUGGAAUAUGUCAUGCAGCAGGAACGUCAAUCUAAUACAAUCUAUGUAACAUUUCUCGCUUGUACCGACGAUGAGUCGAAUAUUGCCUAUAUGGAUGAAUGGGAGAAUACUAUGGUCAAUGUCAAUGUUACUGAUGAUUAUCGAACAGAACGAGAUUUUGUGCAUCGAAAUCGUGGUCCACAUUAUCCCUUCUCAUUUGGUGAUCACAUUGCUAAGUCAUUGCUCAACGCCAUUGAUCCAAAAAUCAACGUAUUCAAUAACCUUGAAAUUGAAAACAAUACCAAUGCAAACAUGGAUACCUUAGCAAGAUCAUGA